UGAGAGCUCCUCGUCCUCCACACACUCUCCGGUGACGUUCCACAUCCAGCCGGUCACAGUGUCCGUGUUGGUAGCUGGUAGCUAAGCUAACUAGCUAGCUCACCUGCCGGAGCUGCCUCCUCCGCCUUCAGAAGGCAGCUGAGCGGAGAGCCGUGACUGUGAACACCCGUCGCCUCAAUGCGUCUCCCGUGGCCGCGAUGGCAGCGACAGAAACGACGGCGGCAGCUAGCCGCCUCUCUCGUCGCUACAGGAGGAUGCUGAAGCUGUUCGGCGCGCUGGUGCUCCUCGGACUGGCCUUGGCGUGCAUCACCUCCUGGGUGCUGGACAGCUACGACACGGCGUUGCACCUGAAACGGAGCGUUCAUCAGCAGCCGACUGUCGGUGAUGGAGAUGGAUCCAAAGGGAGCUCUCCACCAUUCCCCGGCGGCGAGUUGGGCAAUAUAUUCUGGUUUAUACAGGUCUCUGACAUUCACAUUAGCCGCUUUCACGACCCGAGACGCAUUCCCGAUUUUGAAAAGUUCUGCACUGACACAAUCGAAGUGAUCAAGCCGGAUCUAGUGCUCGUGACAGGGGAUCUGACAGAUGCCAAAACAGAGAGUAAGGUGGGCUCCCUCCAGCACGAGGUUGAGUGGCAGGCCUACCACAACAUCCUGAAGAGGUCGCGCGUGAUGGAGCGCACCAGGUGGAUAGACAUCCGAGGAAAUCACGAUGCCUUUAAUAUUUUCUCUCUGGACAGCAUCAACAACUACUACGGGAAAUACUCGGCUAAUCAGAAAGUAGGCUCCUUCCACUAUGUUCACAAAACACCCUUUGGCAACUACUCCUUUGUCUGUGCGGAUGCCACUCUGACACCGGGACCCAAGAGGCCGUACAACUUCUUUGGUAUUCUCAACCAGACUCAAAUGGACUUGCUGGACACGUUCAGAGUUGAGAGUCUGAAAAGCAACCAGUCGAUCUGGUUUGGCCACUACACCACUUCCACCGUCGUCUCCCCGUCUCCGGGAGUUCGGGAAGUGAUGAGAUCUGCUGUUGCAUAUCUGUGUGGCCACCUGCACACACUGGGCGGCCUGAUGCCCGUCCUCCACAGCCGACAUCCUCAAGGCACCCUGGAGCUGGAGCUGGGUGACUGGAUGGAGAACCGCAGGUACAGGGUUCUGGCCAUAGACCACGACCUGCUGAGUUUCUCUGACCUGAGGUUCGAGCAGUGGCCGGCGGUGCUCAUCACCAACCCCAAGGACGCACAGUACCUGCACCCCGGAGUGGAGCCGCUGGGUCGAAUACGCAGAUCGACACACAUCAGGAUCUUGGCCUUCUCGGAGGCCCCAAUCACAGGGGUGCAUGUGAGCGUCGAUGGGGAACCUCUGGGGACUGGCCACUCAGCUGGAGGUCCCCUCUAUGUUCUGCUGUGGGAUCCGUCUCUCUACCUCACUGGACUGCACACCAUCAGAGUUAAAGUGAAGGACUCGGCAGGCCGGUCGUCAGUGCGGGAGCAGCACUUUACUCUGGAGGAGGACCUGACUCCAAGCUUUGGUUUUGUGCAGUCCUUCAUCCUCCUCACAGACCACUACGUCCUGGCCCGAGUGGCCUUCAUUUUCAUGAUGCUGCUGAAUGUCGGGGUGCUGCUGGCCUUCAGGUUCCUGCGUGUUCCUGCUGGGAGAGGAUUGACCUCUCAAGCAUGUAUGUCGCUCCAUCUGGUCAGCACAAUGGACACCUUCUACUACUCUCUGCUGCUGUUUAACCUGUGCACAGCCUUAGGUCCGUGGUUCAUAGGAGAGCUGAUAGAAGGCCAUAGUGGUGCCUGCUUCGCCUAUGGGGUGUUCGUCGAUGGACACUUCCUGGAGGGCAGCCUCACUUAUAUCAUUGGAGUCGUUCAAAUGCUGUUCUUCAACAUGCCCCUCACCUGUUAUCUCUGCUGGAGCAUCCACCACCGCGGCAGAGGCAACACCUUCCGAUCCCACUUCCUGCGGCCGGGCUGCCGCUGGCGGACUCUGGCGGUUCACCUCUUCAUGCUGCUGCUGCUCACUUGGCAGGUCCACUCCUGCUACUUCCUCUUGGAGACCUACGGCCUAAUGGCCUUUUUCCUGUCUCCGGUCCGCACGUGGGCAUUGGGGCUCAGCCUGCUGUUGGUCUACCGCGCCUGGACAGGCCCCGCCCCUCCGGUUUGCGACAACAGCAAGAGCGUCUCUCCCUCUUGACAGUAGUUUCACUGUGCCACCGCGACUCCUCUGGAGCCUGACUCACAGAUAUAUUUUGCUGUCUCUUAUCCCACCUUGAAAGCCUCAAUUUUCCCAAGACAGCAGCCCCCCCCCCCCCUCCUUUCUUUCUCUCCUCCUUCAAAUAGCCACUUCACAGUACAUCACUCACUAUCCUGUUUAUAGAUAGUAUUGUUUGCUUAAUAUGCAUGUUAUUGUAAAACACCGGUGAGCAUAUUUCGGGCCAUAUUCAUAGCAAUGUGUACAGUGUAAAUAGAAACAACACCUUGGAUACAUUGGGGGUAAAAUAGCCUGUUUGAGCUAUGUGAACUAGUCCAAUGUAUGCCACAGUUAAUGGUCUAUCCUGCUGUGGUUUAAGCUGACUCAUGUACUUGAGCUUUAGCACUUUUUGGAAGUGUUGCCUUGGCCGAAUGCCACUUCACCACUGCCAAAGGAUGAAUAAGAAAGAUACCAGCUUUUAUUCUUCCCUCUGAAGAUCAUUUUCAUUCACUAAUGAAGGCUGGACGUGCCAAAUCAAACCUCGUGUUUAAACGUCCGUCACACAAACUGUGUGGAUGAGAAAGCGUCAUUUUGUACACUAAGAUUUCCUAACACCCCGCGGCUGACAGAGCGCGGUAGUUACAGUAACUUUGGUGAAGAUGACACAGGUAAUGCAACCUAGACGAUUAUGUUAUAAGUUUAUUCUACACAUGAUUAAAGGAAAUCAAAUGAAUGAAAAUACAAAUCAAUCAAAUACUGUCGUCGAUCUUUGUGUACAAGUAGUUGAUGAGAAAAGAAUUGCACUGCACACAACUGCCACAUAAAAAAAUUAUAUUUGCAUUUAAUAGUCAUACGAAAAACUUUAAUGCCGGUUUUCACCAAAACACAACGAGCUGGUCUGACUCCGUGCUCCUUCAAACGUGACUACAGAAAGCAGCUGUUUGUUUCUCAGGAAUGUGAGCACUUGAACAAUAGGCUGGUCCCAGAUGUAUUUCAGGACAAUGUUUUUAUACUCCAUAGUAGCUCAGUGAACUAAAAAAAAUCAUGUUAAACAAUCCAGAUGUGUGGUGGCUAAAAGAAACAAAAUGAAUGUGUUACAUGGUGAAAUGAGAUGAACCAGUACUAUGCUGUUUUUAUUUACUCUUCCUGAUUGUAUCGAGUGGUUUAUUUUUUUUUUCCCCUUCAUGUUAUAUAUCUGCACUAGUAAAGGGCAUCCCUUGCGUUGGAAGUUAAUUUGACAGCUUUGUGUGUGAAAACAAUGUUUGUAUUUUUCCCUAAUUCCUUUUUUUUUUUUGUGAAGGUGUGAGUGAAGUAAACCGUGUCUGUUGCACUCUUAAUCCAAUCCUUUCUCCUCGGAGGUAGCAGGUGCCUGGAUUCCACCAGAGCAAACUGAUUUAAAGACCACAUUUAUCAAGUCUUUUAAUAGAAGCAAUGUUCCAACAAAGUUAGAUCCGGGUUGUUGUUUUCAGAACCAUACCCAGCAUGAGUGCAGAAUAAUUGCUCAGUGCUGUGAUAAGACAUGCAGUUUAAUAUUAGAACAGCUGCUAAACAAUGAGACAAUUAAAUUAUGUGCACUCUUGCUGGCGAUGGUUUAAUAACUCCCCCCCUAUGCAUAGACGAGUCUUUCAUACUACCAAAGUAUAAUUCCACCAUAAAGACAGAUAAUAUAAAUGUAUGGACUUCUGUUACUGCAGUUAUUCUCUCAGGAUUCUCAGUACAAGUUGUGUAAUCUGUCCACAAGGAGGCGGUAUUGUGUUGCAUUUCACUUCCACCCUCCAAAUCAUGCAUGGAACCGUUUUUUUUUUUUUUUUCUUUGCAGAAAAGCAGCAAAACCAUAUCUGGAUGAGACAAUUUUGAUAGUUGAUAAAUUCUCGCUCAUUAUGUUUAUCUGGUUGAUUGUUCUGUAUCAAACACUGAUUUGACUGUUGACGAGAACAACAGACAUCAACCACUAUGUGUCUGAGAGAAGUGAUGUACUAAGUGUUCACUGAUUGACUUAUUCUGCAUCCCUCCUAUGUUCAAACACUGAAGUAUAUGAAUGAAAAGUUGACGAUUUGACACCUGCCACAUGUUUUUUCUGGUGACAACUAAAAUUAGAGCCAAUCACAUUUUUUUAUUUUAUUAAUGGUUUAUAGUGCUGUGGAAUAAAAUGUUCAUUACAUUAAAUCAUAUACUUUGCAUUUGUCUUCACUUCAUUGUCACAUGAUGUUACAAAAGGGAGUGAACGAGAAUAUGUAGCCCAACACUGACAAAAACUGAUUAUGUCAAUAAAUAAAACUAGAAGUUAAAUAAUUAAAACGGAGAGUGAAAAGAAAAGCUUUGUAUUUCAGCUGCACGAUUCUUUAUCUUUUUUGUUUUUGUUUAAUCUUAGUACACAUUUAAUGAGUUUGCUAUUGGUAUGUAGCUUAACUGAA